CACCGACAUGGCUCGAGAGCACGGCCGCCCGAGGCCGCCGCCAGCGGCCCUGCGCUCCUCCCGGCAGAGGGGCCCGGGCGUGGCAGUCUCGUGGGCGCCGGGCGCCGCCUCGCGCAGAGGGGCUCGGGCCCACGGGCCCUCGCUGAUGGGCCAGGCCCGAGUGGUGCCACGGGAGGCAUGUGCCCCACGGAAAUUUCUGACCCUUGGGGUUCGCGCGCGGGGGGGCCCUCGGCGAUGGCCCCCGCGCGGCGGCGGCCGCUUGGCGCCCUGGUGCGGCGGGGGCUCGCCUGGGCCGCCGCCGUGGCCUGCGGGGUGGCCAGCGCGCUGCCCAGUGCUCUGCCCGCGGCUGCGCAGCCGCGGUGCGCGGCACGGCCGAGGCCUUGCCGGCCGGCCUGGGCCGCGGGCGGCCGUCGCGCAGCGCUGCUGCUCGCGGGAGGCGCCGCGGGCGGCGGCGGCGCGCGAGCCUCGCCCGCGCCGGAGGCGGACCGGCGGGCGGAGGGACGGCCGCCAGGGAACGGCCCCUUCACCUUCCACGCGGGCACGGAGGACCGCUUCCUCGCCGCCCUGCUCGCGUCGAAGGCGACCGACCCAGAGGCCGCCAUCUCGGCCAUGGACGACUUCUGCUGGCACAAGCACUGGAUGAUGAACGUCGGUGACGAAAAAGGCGCCCUCCUCGACGCCGCGCUCCUCGAGCGGGUGGGCACCGCCUGCGGGGCGGCCCGCGCAGGUUGUGACUUCCAGGCGCUCGAGCUCGGGACGUACGGCUGGCGGGACUACACCGGGGUUUGUGUCCGUUGCCGUCGCGGUGGCCGCCGCCCCCCAGGGGGCAGGUCCGGGGAACUCGGAGCUUUCUGGGCCGCGACGCUCGGGCGAUGCGGAAGGAUGGCGGGCCGCAAAAGUGCUUACCCCUCCUCUUCCUCCUCCCUGCUGGCGCCAGACGCACGACGAGGCGGGCGAGGUGAUGCUUGCCUGCUGCCUCCGCGCGACGCAAGGAGGUGCAGGGCGUGGCUAAGAAGGUGUUGCAGUUGGCUGGCCUCGGCGACAGAGUG